UUCCCCCGACUUGCUAUGAGAUUAUGGGAAGCCAAUGAGAUUGGCCGAAUUGCAUCAAUGGUGGGAGUCCCAAUCACCACCGACAAGGUAACCCAAGAGAAAACAUAUACUAGUUUUGCUCGGGUCCUUAUUGAAAUUGAUGCCUCCAAACCUCCGGUGCUCCAAUUUCCGAUUGUUCCUCCUUCGGGCAAGGAAUAUUUGCAAAGGGUUAUCUAUGAGACCUAUCCAAGUUAUUGCUGCCAAUGCAAAAAAUUUGGCCAUCACUACUUUACUUGCAAUGUCCUCAACCCGCCAAAGAAGAUGGAGGAAGGCACGGCCAAGGGAAAAACAGUCCCUUUGGUGAACAAAAAUGAAAAACCGAGCAAAGUGGAUGACAAAGGCAAAGCUAUUAAACCUUCUUUCCAAGUGGUAAAGCCGAGGAACACAAACUCUUUCAAACUGCCGGAUUUCCUUUCCAAAGCUAUUGACGAUCCAAAGAGCAAAUACACCAAUGGUGACUUUGAAUGGGAGGGCCGGCACAUAUUGAGUGUGCAUGAUAUGGAAGCGGAUGACAUUGUUACUAAGUUCUUAACUAAGGAAGAUGGAAGGCAUGAAGCGUGGGUUAAAAAGCGGUACCAAAUAAAGAGCAUCAUCUCCGUUGCUAGAGUUGGGAUGGAUCUAAAACGGGAAGCACACAAGGAUGCACCAGCUAUUGCCUUCACGGAUCCAUGCCUUGUAUCUCUCCCGGGGGUCAAACGCGCAAGGUUUUGGUACGCUAUUAAUAGGCAAAUUUUUAUCCUUAAUGUUGCUUGUUUUUUUGAUGUGCAUUCUAGGCAUAACAAGGAGUACUUGCAAGCUAUGGAACGGACCAAACUUGUUGACAAAUCUGCGAAGGACUUUGCGCAAACCAAGGGGGCUGGUGCAAGCACUUCCGAAGCCUCGAAACCGCAAGAAACCAAGGCCUAUACCUUGCUGCCAUGGAGGGAUCCAAUUACGGGUCAAGAGAUCACACAAGAUGCCGUGGUUGAGCCGGAAGGGCACUUGAUCCGUAACACGCAUCAAAUGAAUUUUGAUGGCGUUGUUACCGGUGUAUUCUUGGACGAAAGGAAGAAAAGAGUGGUCUCUAUCAUGCCUUUGGAUGUGUUGAAGGUAAGUCCCGUAGAUCCGAAAGCCCAACACGAACUUUGGAUAUAUUAGGAAUGGACCAGAAUCAAAGUGUAUAACAAAAUAUAAAAUAUGAAUUCACUAAUACCCAAAAGCCCAUUUGUAUUAAUUAACCUGUCUGAUUACAAGGAAACUUCCCGAUCGGUAGGUCGGAACAGUGCUUUACUACAGGAAACAAGAGUAAUAAUGCUAUUCUAGAGCUUGAGUAUUGAAAUGCUAACUCUUACAAUGAUUUUAAACCUUCUAUUUAUACUAAUGGAGAGCAUGGGCUGCUUUAUGCUUAUUGGCCGUUGUUCCACCGACUUUAUCACCCAUGUUUCCAUUUGCUGAUGUCACAAUCUGGCAUUAAUUGCAUCUGGUCACUUACUGGUUGCCCGUUGCUCGAACGGGAUGUUGGACCUUGCAAAUGACAAUGUCAAAUUGGCCCAAGUAUGAUAUAUGGUCCGAACUCCGUUCGGUAUCUCUCCUUUCUGGGCCGGCCUUUACUCGGACCGAACCUCGUUCGGUGUGAAUUCUUCACUGGGCCUGCUCAUCAUAGGGUAAUGGACUCAUCGUUUGGGCCGGGUAUCCUGGGCCUGUUUUAUCCGGGUAUUGGGCCUCUGGAUCAAUAUCCCAACAAGAUGAUAUACCAAACAAGGUGAAAGUGGUAAAAAUGGGAUUCGACUUCCAAUGGGUGUCUUGUGAGGAACCGGGUAUUUUCUUCACCGAAUCAUGCUUGCUUUCUCUCCCAACGGUUAAGAAGACCAAAGAUUGGUAUGAGCUUGAUAAUUUGAUUUUUACUAAUGAUGUUUUUAAUUUUUUUGAUGCCAAUACCGCUGCCAACAAGAAAUACCUCAAAGAAAUGGAAAGGAGAAAGAGAAAGGCAGCACGGGGUAAGGAAAAAGAGGAAGUUCAACCGGGGAAUGACGGCUACACCUCGGAUUUCUAUCUCUCUUGAUGAUUAAGAUCCUUGCUUGGAAUGUUAGAGAGUUGGAGCCAAUUCAUUGAUGGUACAACCCAGUUCUCAAUUGUGAGGAAGCUAAAGUUGCUCAAAAGGCCGCUAAAGAACCUCAAUGCAAUGGAAUAUGUGCAUAUAUCGAUGAAAGCUAAGAGAGCAAAGGAGGAAUUCAAAAGAUUAAAUAAAUUGUGGCUGGUUUCGCCCCUGGAUGAUGACUUAAAAGUGCAAGUGGAGGCUGCUAGGAAAAAGGCUACUUUUUUGCAGAAGCCGAAACAAGCUUCUACCAACAAAAAGCAAAGGCCACUCACAUUCUCGAGGCGGACAAAGGGACAAGAUAUUUUCACGCUAUUGUGAAGAGGAACGUCACGCGGAAUGCCAUAUCUUCCAUAGCUUUGGAGGACGGUAGUCUUACUACUUCCUUAGAUCAAGUUGGAGAUGAAUUUGUAAAAAAUUUUGUGGAUUUAUUUGGUACUAUCGAGGUAAACCUACCCCUUGACACGUUGGUUUAUGAACCGGUCCUUUGAUUGAACCAAGUGUUCAUGAUAGCCUACUUGCUCCGGUUACAAACAAGGAAAUUAAAGAUGCCUUGUUUGAUAUUGGGGAUGACAAGGCACCGGGGCCGGACGGGUUUACCUCGGCCUUCUUUAAGGCCAAUUGGAGUUUUAUUGGGGAUGACAAGCGAUUAAGGAGUUUUUUCUAACGGGUAAGUUGCUUAAAUAGAUCAAUCAUACUGUUACAGCACUUAUCCCUAAGACUAAUCACUCCCCAAAAGUGUCGGACUAUAGACCUAUUUCAUGCACGAAUGUAUUGUAUAAAAUUAUCACAAAAAUAAUUGCGGCUCGAUUAACCCCGUGUCUCUCGGGACUGAUUGAUCAAGCCCAAGGAGCUUUCGUAGAUGGCCGCCUAAUGUUUGAUAACAUUUUCCUAGCCCAGGAACUUGUUAGAGGAUACAAUAGGAAGCGAAUCUCACCGAGAUGUAUGAUUAAGGUAGAUUUGCGAAAGGCCUACGACACGAUUUCAUGGGAUUUCUUGGACAAAGUCUUGAGGGGUUUGGGCUUCCCCGAUAGAUUUAUUGCAUGGAUUAUGGAGUGUGUGUCCACUGCCUCCUUCUCGGUUUCUUUAAACGGAUCGCUUUACGGAUUUUUCAAAGGCAAACGUGGAAUUAAGCAAGGGGAUCCAAUGUCCCCUUUGCUUUUUGUUUUGUGCCUUGAAUAUUUCUCCCGGUUACUCACCGUGAGAACCAAAGGGGGGAAUUUUAAUUACCACCCACAAUGCUCCACGUUGGGUGAUAAUCCCUGAUGAUCUUCAACAUUGGGCAUCACCCAUUUGGAAUAUGUCGAUUACCUUAUGCUAUUCUCGAGAGGCGACACGUAUUCCAUAGACAUAUUGGUCAAUGCUCUCAAAGAGUUUGGAGAGGCAUCCGACCUAAGGGUUAACCACGAAAAAUCGAAUAUUUUAAUGGGAGGGGUGAAGGACCUAGAGCUACAAAACAUUUUAAACAUUGUCGACUAUGGGCAAGGAAUAUUCCCGGUAAGAUACCUUGGAAUACCACUUGCCCCGCUAAAGGUAUCGAUUGCACAAUAUGCACCCCUACUCAACAUGGUCAAGGAUUUUCUUAAUGCGUGGAAUACGAAAACACUAUCAUAUGCCGGUAAAAUCGAGCUAAUUCGAUCGGUGAUCCAAGGGGUCCAAUCAUUUUGGCUCCAAAUCUUCCCGGUUCCGCAAACCAUAUCGGAUAGGAUAGUGUCAAUAUGUAGACUGUUUUUGUGGGGUGGAAAGUUUGCGAAGGUGGCUUGGGAUGACAUAUAUCUUCCAAAAGAGGAAGAGGGUUUAGGUAUUCAUAGUUCCCGAACUUGAAACGAUAGCCUCCUUUCACGCACUCUCUGGGACGUACACAAGAAGAAAGAUACUCUUUGGGUUCGUUGGGUUAAUGGCGUAUACCUUAAGGGUAGAAGUGUGUGGGAUUUUAUCCCACACGGCCGUGACUCACAACUCAUGAAGAGGUUGAGUCAAAUACGGGACAAAAUACGAGGGUGCUUUAAUAAUUUAAAUGAAACCAUUAUUGGCCUUAAUGCUAGGAGUAUCAAUGGGAAACUAGUAUCGGCCAAGAUCUAUGAGCUUCUACGAGUAAAGAGGACCACUAGGACUCCAAUGAGCUUCAUUUGGAAGUCCUACAUCCCCCCAAAUUUUUCAUUUAAUGUUUGGUUGGGCUUGAGGAACCGGCUGCCCACUCAGGAUAGUCUCGGUUACCUACAUAUGGUUAAUAGGUGUGACUUGUGCAAGGGUGGAUUGGAAACAAUUCCACACCUAUUUUUUCUUUUCCCUUUUUCUUGUAGGGUAUGGGAUGGAAUCAAAGAUUGGAUUGAGAUGGGACGUCAAAUGACAACAUUACCAAGUUCAAUUAAGUGGAUCAUGAAGACGCACAAGGGAUCAACGAUGAAGGCCAAGGCUGCCCGUCUAGCAUUCUGCGUCGCGGUCUACUACAUUUGGCAUGCGAGGAAUGAGAUACGAUUUGAUGGAGGUUCG